AUGUAUCCUGAUGAUUACCACGAACUCCAUACUUUAAAGGAGAGUGCCUCCGGGCAGCCAGAAAGCCGGCACGGGGCCACGCCCUUCCUCACGUCUCUCGCCGGUCCGACGGACUCGCCCCUCUCGAACACGGCGGUGUGCGGGCAGACGAGAGGGCAACGUCGCCCGCGACAAAGAUGGCUGCGGCAGUUGUCGGUCCUAGGCUCCCUACUUCGACGUGAGUCCCCACGUCAGCACCCCGCGUCUGACAAGGACAGGCGAAAGAGGACUGCUGUACACAUGAGCCUGCUCGGACCGCGCGGAGGGAGGAAAAUGGUUGAGAAACAAGAGGGUUUAAGCAUAGCUCAGCAGGUAGAGAGCCUGGAAGACAAAUUAACGCUUUGCAGGCAAGCCUUGGAAGAGGUGGAUUUUAAGCUACGCAGAGAAGAACUAACAUCUGCACGAAGAGAGUCACUGGAGAAAGAGAAAAAUCUGCUAGAAACCAAAGCUGAAAUUUAUGAGAAAGAGCUCAAAAUGCUUCGUCAUGAGAAUCGGAAGACUGUAGCACUCUCAGCAGCCAUCAUACUGCUAGUGUUUAUUAUUUAUACCUGCUGGACAAUGUAACAAUUGGGAGCUGAAAUCUAAUGACUUGACGGUGAUGAUUCUACCUCCCAUCUCUGAUUGUGUCAAGGGUGAGAUCAGCUUUUCAUACCAAUGUGCUCUGUAACUUUCAGACCAUCUUAGGGUAGUCCUCACAAAGAACAUUUGAGGAAAAUUAACAGAUGAGAAGAGGUUGGCUUAGUUGGAUCUUCCAGCUGACGGCUAGGGAAUGGGAUUUUGAAGACAGGUAGUUGCACCCUAAUUAUGGAAUAGUUUUCACAGAGAAACUCAGCUGGAGCCACUGUACUUUUUUUUUUUUUUUUAAUGGUAGGCAAUAUACAGUAUAUCUUUAUAGAGGCUUCUAAAACAACUUCUUGUCUGUGUCUUUCAUUAAGUCCUUUUAAUCAUUUUAAAAAUAUUUUCAGGUCAUGGAUCUUUUUAACGCCAUUGUGUUUUGUGAGCCAGUUGACUACUUUUUGGAACUGUAUUAAUAAAUAGCAUGUAUUCUAAGGGAAAAAAAUAUUGUAUGGUUUUGCCUUCUUUAAAGAAACCACCUAUCUAGGUGAUGAUUAUUAAUAUUAUUUGCAUUUU